AUGACUGGCCCGUCGAUACAAGAUCGCACGGGCGAAUUCCAGGCCAUCCUUGGACAAGCCCAGAAACGUGCAGCGUCCUCGAAAGUUGGAUCUCAGCGACAAGCGUUAUUAUCAGACUCCCAGCGACGACAGGCAAAUGGCUCUUUGGACAGUGCAGAACAUGGCAAGAGGACCAGGUCGGAGUUCGCUCGACGCGCGGCGGACAUUGGGCGGGGAAUCACGGCGACAACGGCGAAGCUCCGAAGAUUGGCAGAGCUUGCGAAACGAAAGACGCUUUUCGAUGACAGGCCGGUCGAAAUCUCCGAGUUGACGUAUGUCAUCAAGCAGGAUCUCGCGUCGCUGAACCAGCACAUUGCCUCGCUACAAGCACUCACACUUUCGCAACAUCCAAAAUCUAACCGAUCAAAAACGGAUCAGGAAGGAGAGCAUAAUGAUAAUGUUGUGGUCAUGCUACAAGGCAAACUGGCAGACGUGGGUGCCAAUUUUAAGGACGUCCUUGAGGUCCGCACCAAGAACAUUCAAGCUUCUCGUUCAAGGACAGAAAAUUUUGUCUCAUCUGUUUCGUCCAAGUCACAAGCUGCUCUGGACACCCAGCGGUCAGAUUCUCCUCUCUAUCCGUCCGGACGAAGAACACCACAACCGGGCGGCGCGUCGGAUCUGUUGACUCUAGAACCAUCGAAUCAGUCCCCUCUAGGCCGCCCAUCCAUGCAGUCUGAUCAGCAACUUUUGAUGAUGGAAGAGGCGGAGUCGAGUAACUCGUAUAUUCAAUCCCGUGGUGAGGCGAUUGACACUAUUGAGAGGACGAUCAAUGAGUUAGGCGGCAUCUUCGGUCAGCUUGCACAAAUGGUCAGCGAACAAACCGAAAUGAUCCAACGGAUAGAUGCCAACACAGAAGAUGUGGUGGAUAACGUUCAAGGCGCACAGCGCGAACUCAUGAAAUACUGGACACGGGUUUCAGGGAACCGAUGGCUAAUUGCUAAGAUGUUUGGGGUUCUAAUGAUCUUCUUUCUUCUCUGGGUGUUGAUAUCUGGAUAG